AGACAAUAAAACUUGAUGAAUCGGUUUGUUGAAAACAAAGAGGUAAAAACGGAUCUGCAGGUAUACCUCUUUGGCACGCAAAAUGUAAACAACGAACCGGGCGGAGAAAAAGAUAGGUUUCAACAUUGAAAGUACUUAAUAUUACUUAGUCUUCGAAGAUAUUUUUAUUGACAACAUAGUUAUGGCAUCUGGCCUGGAAAGUUAUGUAAACCAUACUGUAUCAAUUGUUACAACAGAUGGAAGAAAUUUUGUGGGGACAUUGAAAGGCUUUGACCAGACAAUUAAUUUGAUUCUUGAUGACAGUCACGAGAGAGUGUACAGUACAACUCAAGGAGUCGAACAAGUAGUAUUAGGACUUCACAUCAUUAGAGGAGACAAUGUUGCUAUCGUUGGUGAGCUAGACGAUGCUUUGGACUCCCGAUUGGACCUAAACUCGAUCAGAGCAGAGCCUCUAAGUGCUGUUGUUCAUUGACCACUGUCUUUUCCGGUCAAAAUGUUUUCUGGAGAUAUAUCCUCAUGUUUUUACGUUAACUAUUUAGUCUUCUUAUAACGAAAAAAAAAAAAAAAAAAAGAAGAGGAAGAAUGUAAUAUUUUAAAUUUUUUGCAGAAAAGGGUCUUUCAUUAUGUCCUUAAUGAAAUAUUUUUUUUUACCCAGUUGAUGAAAUGACUUGAAGACUAAGUACAAUUAUUUAUACUAUUUUAAAAAUAAAAUCUUUUAAUUUUC